CACGAACAUACAAAACACAUUGAGGUUGAUUGUCAUUUGGUUAGGGAUUAUAUAGUAAAUGGAGUAAUAUCUACAAAGUUUGUUCCCUUUGGGAAUCAACGUGCAGAUAUGUUAACUAAGAGUUUAGGAAGUCAUUCAAUUGCUCAUCUAUGCAAAUUUAACAUUCUACUUGACUUGUUUCAGGUUGCUAAGGAUGGCCCUUCAAGUGAGGGAGGGUGUUAAAAUUGAUGCUUGGGCCAUACACUUUUUGGGCCAGCCUAUUGUGAGAAUAUAUACAUAUAUACAUUUAUACCAGCCCCUUAGGGCAAAUAGAGUUCAUCUUCUUCAUUCUCACUUCACGCCGCUGCACCCCCACCCGCUGCCCUCUUCUUCCAGACACUGCUUCACAGUGCACUUAUCGCAGUCGCCAUCAUCCUCUUUCAUACACUCGCCAUCACACACAAAGCACCUUACACCCAUCGCUCUUUACUUCUAAUCCAUACACUGUUCUCACUUGUGCACAAUCUACCCGCGAUUACUCGAAUCGCUUCAUUACGCAUCCAUCAUUCGUUCGUACUCUAAUCGAUCUUCGUAUCAAUCUUUCUUCACUUCAUCUUUGCUAAUACAUCACUUAUACAUGUUAUUGUUAGAGUUUCUGUCACUUCUCUUCUGUUCGCAGGCUACUAAUCUGAUCCAGUGAGUUGAUGUGAUGUACCUUGAAUUUCCGGUGUACAAGGCUUAUGGAAAGCAACUGGUGUGAUACAUACCUCUGGUUCACUCCAAAUCUGGUUGUAUCGUUCCUUAUUUCCUUGAUUUCCGUUGGUUUAUGAUUGACUGUGAAGUGUUGGAUGCGUUCCUGUGGGAAGACGUUGCUUUCCUUGGUUAUUCGUGUGUUGAUUUACUUAGUUUGUGGUCCUGUGUGACCUUAGCGAUUACUCAUUCAUUUCGUUGUCUGUGUACACCGAUGUGGUUUUUCUCUAAUAGUAGAGAUUGAAGUGUAGGUGUUCCUCACUCUUGCUAACAGAUUUGUGUGUUAAAUUGUUUUUUAAUUGUUAACACAUUUGUAAUGUAGUGAAUUUAUUGGUUCAGGAUGUAUUAAGAAAAAUAAUUGAUGUUAUGACAACAAACUUGGCGUCGUUUUUGUGAUAACAAGUAGUGGAAACUUACCUGUGCAACAUGGCAACAUGGCAAACGCACAACAUUUGAGGGUCUGUUUCACAUUCUAUCAAUGCGGAACUCCAUUUGGUGGUAUUAUAGAAGGUCCCAUGAUGGUUGCCACUUCAAUACAGGUGACAUAUCUGACUCCGGCAGCAGUUCCCAUCCUGCAAUGGCCUCAGCUUCCAAAUUCAAAGGUGUGGCGUGCCAAGUCAAUGGGCACUGGGGCGCACAGAUAUAUGCUGAUCAUCAGCGUAUCCAGCUAUGAACCUCUAGAUCCGAAAAUGAAGCCGCUAUGGCAUAUGAUAGUGUCGCCAUUCGACUCCACAGCAGACAAAUCCACCCGAACAUCCUGUGGAUGGCCACCAUUCUCAAGGAGCCAAACUUCCAGAGCCAGUUCAGCACCCAAGCUCUCCUUGGCAUGAUCAGAAAUGGGUCUUACACUGCAAGGUUUGGUGAUUGUUUGCUGAUUGUAUUCUUCGACUGUUCCGGGAGAUCCUGGAAGUUCCUGUACUGCUGUUGGAAAAGCAGCCAGAGCUCACUCGAAGCUGGGAUGGAUUUGCGAAGGAAAAGGGCUUGAUGCUGUGGGAUUAUGUCAUCUUUUCAUCCUACAAGUGUGGUGAUAAAAAGUAUGCAUGAUCGACGUUACCUAUAAGGACGGGGGGCUGUGCAGCUAUGGAUCUGAAUAGCAAUGGAAAUUUUAAAAACCCAAAAAUGGACAAUGCUUGUGUGGGACAUGAAAGAUCUUAUAGAAAGAUGGGAUUCAAAGAGGCGGUAAAGGAAUGAUUAGUACAGCCUUACUUUGUCCUGAUGGAAGCCAAUUUGCUGAUAUUGUAGAUGGGCCCAUUAUAGCAGCGCCCAGGAUUUCGUCAAGAAAUAGAAUUGUAUGAUUUUGUCCAAUACAUGUAAUUAUUCGGAAAAUUAGAAGUGCGUGCUUAAAUUUAGCUUAGCCAUUAGUGUGUCAAGGAAAUAUAUGACUGAAAAAAUUUUUAGUUCAAGUGUGCCAUUGAUUGUGGCCGGAGUUUGUUUAUCACAGUAUCUCAUGAACAUGUUAGUUCCU